CCCACCUUUCAAGCCCCGCUCCUCUCCCCCAGCCGUGCUGCAUUGUGGGGCGGCAACAUGGCGGCGCUCAGCGCGGGGCGGGCGGCGGCCGGGGGCCUCCUGCGCGUCCCCCAGGGCUUCCUGCGUGCCCGCAGCCUCGGCGCCUGGCGGGCCCUGAGCACCCCCGCCGCCCUCCGGGACACCCCGCGGGGCAAGUCAGAAAACGCCAAGCCGGAGGGCACCUUCCAGGUCACCAUGCUGCCCGGGGACGGCGUGGGCCCGGAGCUCAUGCACGCCGUCAAGGAGGUGUUCAAGGCUGCCAGCGUGCCGGUGGUCUUCGACGAGCACCACCUGAGCGAGGUGCAGAACAUGGCGUCGGAGGAGAAGCUGGAUCAGGUGGUGGACUCCAUGAAGGAAAGCAAAGUGGCCCUCAUAGGCAAGAUCCACACCCCCAUGGAGUACAAGGGCGAGCUGGCUUCCUACGACAUGAGACUCAGGCGCAAAUUAGACUUGUUUGCAAAUGUCGUCCACGUGAAGAGCUUGCCAGGCUAUAAAACACGCCACAACAACCUGGACCUCGUGAUCAUUCGUGAGCAGACGGAGGGGGAGUACAGCUCGCUGGAGCACGAGAGCGCAAAGGGGGUCAUCGAGUGCCUGAAGAUCAUCACCCGGGCCAAGUCGCAGCGCAUUGCCAAGUUCGCCUUUGACUUCGCCACCAAAAAAGGGCGCUCUAAGGUCACGGCCGUGCACAAAGCCAACAUCAUGAAAUUAGGCGACGGGCUGUUCCUGCAGUGCUGUGAGGAAGUGGCAGAACUGUACCCCAAGAUCAAGUUUGACACCAUGAUAAUUGACAACUGCUGCAUGCAGCUGGUGCAGAACCCUUACCAGUUCGAUGUCCUGGUCAUGCCAAACCUCUACGGGAACAUCAUCGACAAUCUGGCGGCUGGCUUGGUGGGCGGUGCCGGCGUGGUGCCCGGGGAGAGCUACAGCGCCGAGUACGCCGUCUUCGAGAUGGGCGCCCGGCACCCCUUUGCCCAGGCCGUGGGCAGGAACAUCGCCAAUCCCACUGCCAUGCUGCUCUCGGCCGCCAACAUGCUGCGGCACCUCAACUUGGAAUUUCACUCCAACUUGAUUGCGGACGCGGUGAAGAAGGUGAUCAAAGUCGGAAAAGUUCGGACACGGGACUUGGGCGGUUACUGCACCACUUCUGACUUCGUCAAGUCUGUGAUUGACAACCUGCACCCCCACUAUGGGGCCUAGGAGCCCCGCUCGCCCGCGGGCAGCCCUGGGACUUCUCCGCGCCCUCCACCAGCUUUCCCCAGCUUAAGGCCUAGCAGCGCCGCCCUCCCCCGCCCACCCCCCGGCUGCCGGGUCCCCGGGGAGGAGGGGGCUCGCCUCCUCCCCAGCCCAGCACCCACCCGUGGCUGGCACUGGGGGGGCUCCCGGCCCCCCGGCUUCGCGUCGGCUCCAUCUCCCCUUCUCCCCAUAGCCGGGGUGGUGCCAGGUGACGGGCAGCGCCCAGCACGGCCCCUGGCAGGCAGCUCAGCGGGGCCGGGGUCCUGGGGGGGGCCUUCCCCCGCCCGCAGAGGCUUUAGCGAUAAACAGGACCGCAGGGCUGAGGCCCCGCGCCCGGGGCUGCAGAAGGGAGAGGGGCGCGCUCAGCCCGGGCAGCCCGCGUCCAGCGACAGGCGGCUGAGAGGGGUGGGCGCUGCCGGCCCCCAGCACCCGCCGCGGGCCAGGGGCUGCUGCUCUGCCCCGGCUUUGCGAGGGGCCGGAGCCUGGAGGCCGUGGGGGCCUGGGGCUGUGGGCUGAGCCCCCCCAGCCCGGACAGGGCAGUGCGGGAGGAGGCCCGGGCAUUGCAGGCUGCUCGCAGUGCCCGGGGGGGGGGGGGCUGCAGCCCCUGGGGCCGGGCCCCGCGGUGCUGUGGGGCCGGGCUGCCCGCGCUUGGCAGGCCCGUGGGCCAGCCGCUGCCCCGCGUGUGGGUGAGCGAGCGGGGCCCGCGUGGGGGCCGUGCUUUGUGUCCGCGUUUGCAAAUAAAGGGCCCGGCGCUGCCC